CGUAAAUAUAUAUAUAUAUAUAUCGAACGUGUCCCUCUUCCCGUUCUUGCUAUUGCUGGGUUCAUUUUUCACCUCAUCAACGGGGUGAAAAGUGUGCAAAAAAAAAAACAAGGCGCGUGCGAACGAUCCACCCAAUCAGCUGCUGGGUCGGUCUAGGGGGGUAAUAACAUUGCCCAAUUUAUUCGAAGACAACCGCGAACAUGAAAAAUAAAACCACAUGUCCGCCGGCGUGCGUGGCCUAGCAAAGAUGGGAAGAGCGAUUUAUUGCGGUGUGCUAUUUAUUGGAAUUCGAUUUCCGUCUCCUGUUCGCUGAGUGCCUGAACACAUAUCACCUGUUUCACCUACUAAACCCCCCCCCCCCUCAUCCCCUUCCUCAUGUUUAUGGCUCCAUGGAUGCAAGAAAUUGAUACAGUACGCGCGGGGGGAGGGUGUUAUCGGGCCCACGGGACGACUCUGACGCACUCGAUGCGCAUUUAAAUAUAGCUCACAUGCGCUAUCAAAUCGCUCACAUAUUAACAUUUACGCAUGGCACUGAGUCGCAGAGAUAAAGAAUUGAGCGUCUUCCGUUGCCGGGGUUUAGGAUUUAUGGAAGGUAGAAUUACUACUAGCGCUCUUCCACCAAGCUCCAAUGUCUAGAAAGUCACCGUUUAACGUCAUUUACUUUCGAAUCGUUGCGCACCAACGGUUUUUUCAAAAUAAAUGUUCAAUAUCAAAAUAAACCUUCAAUAUCGUCCCUACUCCAUCGCCAUGGCAACGGAAGCAACCAAACAAAGCAAAGUUUAUGCCCGUGGCACCUGUCACGCAGAGCAUUAGAGACAUACAAAAGUUUGCCAGUUCGUACACACUCCCUGCCUGUUCCUAGUAAUGUCACUGUUUAAGGUAAGAAAUUGGUGGAAAACGCAAUGCCCAACGAUCGAGCCGGCGUACGACUCGUUCUCGCUGCACUGUGCCCGGCUGUGCAUUGAGGAGGGCGAAAAGGACAGCCUGGUGGUCGGGUCACACUCCGGUCAGCUGUGCAUCUAUCGCCCGUCGGGUGGCACCAACCUGCCCGACCUGGACGCGGAGGAUGAUGAGCAGGGCGGCGCGAACGGUAGCGCGAACGAGCUGGCCGAAAAUGUGUUCCAGCAUGCGGACGUCAUACUGGAGGUGCAGCUGCCGCUUCCAGUGCUCGGUGUUAGCAGUGGCAAAUUUACCACCACGAAUAAAGCCGACCCCCGACUGCAGCUCGCCGUACUGCAUCCGAUGAAGCUGUGCAUCUACCAGCUCGUAACGGUCGAUGGGCUCGCAGACCAUGGCGAUCACACGCGUCUGGUCGCCCUGUACGACCAUGCACUGUCGAAACCGGCCUUCUCGCUGUGCCACGGCCCGUUCGGUGGCGUCAAGGGGCGGGACUUUCUCUGCGUGCAGCAUCUGGACGGGUCGCUGCGGUUCUUCGAGCAGGACGGCAUUAGCUACGAGCGUACGCUGGCCACCGAUCGGUACAUACCGGCGCCGCUGCAUUAUGUGCCGCGGGUCGAUUGCUUCGUCACGGUCGCACCGAGCUGGGUGCUGGAGUGCUACCGCUACCAGGACGUGGCGGAAGCGCUCGAGACGUUGCGCCGCCACGACCCGAUCUGGGCGCUGUGCAUCGGGGAGUAUGCGCUCGAUCUGCAGGUGCAUCAAAUUUCCAACACGGAAUCCGUCAUUGUGAUCCUGGGGGAGAACAAUCUGCUGUGCGUGUCCGACACUGGCAAGGUUCGGUUCAUCAAAAAGCUCGACUACUCACCGGUUUGCUUUCACAGCUUCGUCACCGGAUGGUACUGGGGUAGGUUAGGACCAAGCCUCUUAUAUCCCUUUUCCCCAAUACUCUCACCCCAAUUCCACCCUUUUCCCACAGAACCGGGCGCUCGAUUGAUGCUGGCAGUCGUCUCGGAAAGUGGAUCCCUGCUGCUGUACGAAAGCGAUCAAAUCAUCUGGUCGGCCCAGCUCGGUCACGUACCGGUAGCCAUCGGCCGUGCCAAUGUGGCCGGCCUUCCCGGUGCGCUGGUAACGCUCGGGCCAACCGGUGCCCUUGCGGUAGGCUAUCUCGGCUCGGAGCCGCAGCUGUUCCGUGUGCCGGCCCUCAAUCUGGCCCCGUUCGAGAUUGCCCGCUGCCAGAAGGAGCUGCUCGAGCUGGAGCGCGAGAUCCGUGCCGGCGUGGAUCCGAGCGACGCUAGCAUUGCGAAUGCUGCCGCCGAGCGGGACGUCCAGCUGGAGGUUGCAAUCCAGGGCGAGCCGGUCCCAUGUACCGAGCAUCAGGUGACCGGGCUGCUGUCCUCUAGCGAAAUGUGCCAACUGAGCGUAACGGUGCGGGUGGAGCCGAAGCUCGAGAUGUUACAGCUGACGGUCGCUACCGAUCAGGCGAUCGGCUGUUCGAAGGAGGCGUUCCUGUUCCGCGACGUUGCGGCGCACAGCACGGAACGGUUCGAUGUGUGGCUGUACCCGGCCGUACCGACACUACCGGCCAGUCGUACCGCGACCGUCUACUGUUCCUACACCAGCAAGCAGGGCAUUACGCGUGUGCUGGAGAGGAGCGUUCUGCUCCCGGUGCGGCUGUUCCUCAAGCCGGCACAACCGUCCAAAGAGGCACAGCACAAGCUAACGCUAACGGUCGUACCGCCGCCAGCACAGCACACUGCCGGCAGCGUGCUCGGACGAUUGUUUCCAGAGUUUGCGCCCGAAGGCAGUAGUGCUAGUGCACUCGCCCUGCAGCCCGUUGCCGGUGGAGGAGAUGGACGGAAAGUCACGAUAGUUGCGGCCAAAAGUACGAACCGCUUUCGGGUCCAGUCGGACGAGCUUGGUCUUAUGGCACUCGUGCUGGAGUGUCUCAUAGGACGGCUCCAGGGCCGGGAGAGUGUGGGACACGCGACCGAACAGGAUGAAGCUGCUGGUAGGAAAGAUCUUUCCUCCAGGGUACAGGUAACCAUCGGUGGUGUUCCUUUGGUAAGCGGUUUGUUACGUUCGCUGCAGGUGCAUUGCGAUUUGAGGAAAGCGGUAAAGCAGUUAGAGACUGAUCUCGAGAUUGCCACCGGCCAGAUGCGACUGUUCGAGCGGCGGUUCGUCGUCAAGCUGCAGGAGCGCUCGCUGCGCGCACUCGACGGCAUACUGAUGCUGCUGAAACGGAACCACACCGCGGUGGCCAAAGUGUGCCUGCAAAUAAAAACCAUGCGUCAGAAGCUAAAACUCGCGCAGAUUGAUCUGACCGCCAUCCUGCGCCUGUUUCAUCUCUGCUACAGCCAUGCGGCAAAUGCACCGGGCGGAAAGUAUCUCGAGCACCUUACCGCACUGCUAGCCCACUCCGUGCUGGACAGUACGGAGCAGAGCUACGAAGAGAUGAUGCUGCCAGUGGUACGCUUUCUCCACCAGACGGGACCGCUGAAAAACGCCACCGAACAGUCGGAGGCAACGCCGUUCGAUGAGGCGUUCUUCUACACCGCCAAACAAACCGACCGCGAUCCGGUCGACCUGUCCGCCCACAGUCAGCUGCUGCAGGGUCAGCUGCAACGUCUGCUCGGCAGGGUGAACGAUCGCAUUACCGCCGCUAAGACGGCCCGAACGUCCGGAAGUGGCAGCGGUCGGAACAGUGUGGACUUUGAGGAUCAACCACUGCCGGAAGCGCACAACGAAGAGGCAGAGGAGGAAGAGGAGGAUGGAAAGGGGCAGAAUGAAGAAGCGAACCGCCCGACCGAUGGCAGUGCCGGUGUAGAGGAGUUCGCCCAACUCAGUGCCACCGCUAGUGAGUGGGUUAACUACGAAAAGAUGUCCGAUUUGCCGCUGUAAGAGUCUUUCUUUCCACCUGGAAUGAAUUUUGUUAUUUUGACGAUGGUUUUUUCUUUUCUUUUUUGUUUUUAUUUUCACUCCACUUUCCUCCCCACACCGACCACAAACUUUGCGCGGGUAUAUCGCCCUUAGAGAUAGUAGGGGGAUUAUUCACCCCGAUCACACCCGCGAUGGGAGUGUUAUCGUCACACAAUGAUGUAUUAUAUCCUUGCUUGUUUGUUUUUGUUUAAAUUAUUUACUAUUAAUACUUUACGACAGACUACACCUAGUAUUAACAUAUUCCCUUGUGUGUUUUCAUUUAUGCAUAUUUUCAUGUAAGUAGAGCGCACGAACCAACGCCUUCUCGCUGGUUUCGGCGCUGUCCUGUAAACUAACUAUGGCGAUAAAUAAAGAGCAGUAUUUAAACAAAAAGGAAGAACACGAACGCUUCCCGCAGUAGAACGUGCUAAAGCUUAAUGUACAAUUUACAGCUCACCGAAACCGAUGCGCGAAAGAUGAUUGAUCGUAACGUAACUACAAAUGAACACGUGGUAUAUUGUUGCGCAUGAACCCGGGGGGAGGUAUAUAAAGAGAAAACGUAAUUGUUCGUCUUUUUCCCUUUUUUAUGUUGAAAGA